AUGGACGAAAUUCAGCGAAAUCGCAAAGAGCUCAUCCAGCGAGUAUGCGCUGAUUUAAAGCCAGGUGCCACCGAUUACCACAUAUCACAUACAAGUCCUCAAUUGGUAUACAACGACGAAUAUCAAUUUGCAUACUGCCGCAUUCCUAAAGCUGGUACUACAAAUUGGAGACGAAUUUUGCUAGUUUUGAAAGGGGCUGUUGACAAUCUUAAAGAUGUUCACCACGUCAAUGUCGGCCGAAAUGCAUAUCCACGUAUUUCGCUAGCGGACAUCGAUAAAAGACGUUGCAUUUCGUUUUUAUUUGUACGUCAUCCGUUUCAAAGAUUGUUAUCUGCAUACAGGAGUAAAUUGGAAAACCCUGACAGGCAUGCAAUGGAGAAAAGAAUAGGAGUAGAAAUACUCUCCAAAUUUCGUGAAAAUGCGUCAACGCCAAUCAUAAAUAGUGGGAAAAGUGUCACAUUUUACGAAUUUGUUCAAUUUGUGUUGAGUUCUAAAAAGACGUCUGGCUUCAAUGAGCAUUGGGACUAUCAGCAUAAACUGUGUUCAGUAUGUGAACAUUCUUAUGAUUUUAUUGGCCAUGUUGAAAAUAUUGUCGAAGAAUCAAACUAUCUACUUCAUUCCAUUGGUGUUACUAAUGUCAAUUUCCCGGAAUAUAGUUAUCACGCUACUAAUAGUUCUGACGAAAAUGUGUAUUUUAAGUAUUUUUCACAAAUCCCAACAGAGGAUAUAAUUAAACUUUAUGAAUUAUAUAAAAUGGACUUUAAACUCUUUGGGUAUGCCUUUCCUAAAGAACUUAUUUGA